GCGCGGCGCCGCGGUCCUGAAGUGCCGGACGCAGCAGCAGAUACUAGUGCUAGGUGAUAUAAGGGACCAACCUGGGGUGGAGUCCACCACCUGGACGCCGGAAGAAAAUCCUGAGAUGGGGCCGGCGGGCUGGGUGCUGGGAGGUUGAGCGCCCGCUCACGCCCACCCUGACCGCCUACCACAGACGUUCCCGGAUGCGUCGGCUCCUUGAAUCUGCCCUUUCGCCAUUUCCCCCAUUAGUAUUGAAUCCCAGUGUAGCAAAGCCUAAGAAUCUAGGCAACGGAGUGUUUUCUUGCCGCCAUUCCUCUGGAAGCGCGAGUGAUAGUUUUGGAAGGUGAACUCUGGGCACCCCAAUUUUAGUGACCCACCCGACCGGGUCCCCGAAAACAGCGUCUGACCAUAUACUGCCACGCCGGAAGCAAUCAAUAGAUCUCUUUCUAAGGAAUGGUGAAGUCCUUUAAAGGGAGCUCCAAAGGGGCCGUGUUUGAAUGGAGGUUUGGUAAAUACAUUGCUCCCCCCAAUAAUCUCAGUGCGCUGAUACCCCCUCGAGUUCGUACACAGGUCGCCCCCGGGAUCGCAGUCGCGGCUGUUAAUUCCUGUCAGAAUCUCCCAGCAGGUUUUAAGUGCAGGACAAGCGAACUGGUGGUGGGUCGCCAGGGCGUGCGGAGCUCUGGGACCGAGCCGGUGGGCCUGUCCCGGCACUCUGGGUCACCCUUGGUCGUUGGAACACUCCUCCCGCCGCCUUUUCGGAAAAUUAUUUGGGGAAAGUCAGGUUCACGGGAAUGACUAAAACUCGUUACCUUGGGGAAGAAAUAGGGCAAAGCAGGACUGGCUUUUGGACGUGGGCUAGAAACUACAAAACCGAGCUUCUUGGGAAUUGCCUUUUGGACUAACAGGAAGUGGAGCGUCAGAAAAGGGAGGGGGAGCCACCCAGGUACUGUCCCCCUGCUUCAGGCGCUCACUUUGCGGACGGCGUUUUUUCCCGGUUAUCCAUCCAGCGAAUGAGGCAGGGUGGACGCCCGCUGCUGGGUUUAGAAAACAAAAACGGAAACACAAAAGAAACGAGCAGGCGAGACGCCCGUUCCGUUCUAUGAUAACCAAGCUGCACGCAAAUAAAUCGGCUGCCCCGCUGCAGUCUCUGUCCUGGAGUGUCAAGAGAGCCUGUUCCUAUCAAUUAUUAAAGCUAUAAGGAAAUUUUUUUUGAAGUAAAAAGUAUCAUAAUGAGGUGUUGCCACAUCUGCAAACUUCCUGGCAGAGUGAUGGGAAUUCGAGUGCUUCGCUUCUCUUUGGUGGUCGUCCUUGUGUUACUACUGGUAGCUGGGGCUUUGACCACUUUACUUCCUAAUGUCAGAGAAGACAAGAUGCCCACAUCACGCAGGGAAAUAAAAUCCCAGAGCAAGUCCACCCUGGAUUCCUUUACUCUCAUCAUGCAGACGUACAACAGAACAGAUCUCUUACUGAGACUUUUAAAUCAUUAUCAGGCGGUACCACAUCUGCACAAAGUGAUUGUGGUGUGGAACAAUGUUGGGGAGAAGGGACCAGAGGAGCUAUGGAAUUCUCUGGGGCCUCACCCUGUCCCUGUGAUCUUCAAACCACAGACAACAAACAGGAUGAGAAAUCGGCUCCAGGUCUUUCCUGAGCUGGAGACUAGUGCAGUGUUAAUGGUAGACGAUGACAUGCUAAUUAGCGCCCAGGACCUUGUUUUUGCUUUCUCAGUUUGGCAGCAAUUUCCUGAUCAGAUUGUAGGAUUUGUUCCUAGAAAGCAUGUCUCAACUUCAUCAGGUAUCUAUAGUUAUGGAGGUUUUGAACUGCAGACACCAGGCUUUGGAGAUGGUGACCAGUACUCUGUGGUGCUGAUUGGAGCCUCAUUCUUCAAUAGCAAAUACCUUGAACUCUUUCAGAGGCAACCUGCAGCCGUCCAUGCUUUGAUAGAUGAAACGCAAAACUGUGAUGAUAUUGCCAUGAACUUUAUCGUUGCCAAGCACACUGGGAAGACUUCAGGGAUAUUUGUGAAACCUGUAAACAUGGGCAAUUUAGAAAAAGAAACCACUGGUGGCCAUUCUGGAAUGUGGCAUCGAGCUGAGCACUUUCUGCAGAGGUCUUACUGUAUCAAUAAGCUUGUUAAUAUCUAUGAUGGGAUGCCCUUAAAGUACUCCAACAUAAUGAUCUCUCAGUUUGGUUUUCCAUAUGCCAACCACAGAAGUAAAAUGUGAAUGUCAAACCAACAGACUAAAACUUCAAAACUGUUAGUAUUUGAGUAGCUUCUCCAUGCCAUGAUUGGUUGGUUUAUUUUUUUAAGCACCAUCAUGAACUUUUAUCAACU